GUCACAAUCACAUCUUUUGGACUCUCCUUGCCUCUUGUUUUUGCCAGACUGGACUUUGGACUUUGAACUCGUCUUCCUCAGGUUCCUUUGAAGAACUCACUGGACACAAUUAAUUUCGUCUUCGACACUCACCGAGUUAUGGAUUCUCACGGUGGUCCGUACCUCAACAUCAGGGCCCUCUGCUCGCCGCUGGGCGCCGCCCGCCUUUGCCAGUUGGCCACGGGCUGUGCGGUGAUCGCCAUGGUGACCCACAAUGCCGGCUUCAGCGGCUCGCACGGCGUGUUCUGCAUGGCGGCGUGGUGCUUCUGCUUCGCCAUGACGGUCGUGGUGUUUUUCCUGGACGCCACUCGUCUCCACAGCUGCCUCCCCGUCUCCUGGGACAACCUCACCGUCACGUGCGCCGCCUUCGCGACGCUCAUGUAUGUGACAGCCUCCGUGGUCUACCCGCUCUUCUUCGUCCAAUCAGAGUGCCCCUACGCCGGCUGCGCCGUCAGAAACUUCCGCAUCGCGGUGACGGCGUGCUCCAUCCUGGGCGCUCUGGCCUACGGGGCCGAGGUGGCCCUGUGCCGGGCCAGGCCGGGCCAGGCGGUGGUGGGCUACAUGGCCACCGUGUCCGGCCUCCUGAAGGUCGUCCAGGGCUUCGUGGCCUGCAUCAUCUUCGGAGCGCUGGCCAACGGGAGCGAGUAUUCCCGUUACGCCGCCACCAUCUACUGCGUGGUCGUCUACGCCUUCUGCUUCGCUCUGACCGCCGUGGUGGUCGUGAUGACCGUGUGCGGGCGGACGAAGGCCGUGCGCUGCUUGCCCUUCGACCGCUUCGUGGUGGUGUGCACCCUCCUGGAGGUGCUGCUCUACCUGAGCGUCUCGGUGGUGUGGCCGGUGUUCUGCUUCGACGCAAAGUACGGCUCUCCGUGGCGGCCGUCGUCGUGCCCUCAGGGUCGGUGUCCGUGGGACAGCAAGCUGGUGGUGGCCGUGUUCUCCUUCGUCAACUUCGCGCUGUACGUGGCCGACCUGGUUUACUCUCAGAGGAUACGGUUCGGCUCCUCGCGUAACCCACGAGUGUAGCGCCACCAGGAAGCCCGUGCAACGAUCAUAUCGGGGGGGACACGUUUAAGCUAUUCAUCGGCUUCCAUGUGUCACGGGGGGAUUAGGGUGGACCCAAAUGCACGACUCAGGAGACAGAUAAUGCAAAUAAAGAUCCUUUACUGAGAGCGUCGUCAGGAACGGGACAGACAGAAUAAUCAAACACACUGUGGAACGCUCGAGGGCUUGGUCGGAAAAACACAAGACAAUCUGGCAGAGGACAAGGGCAAGUGAGGGAACCUAAGUAGACAGGGACUAACCAGGGAAUGGGCAACAGGUGAGAUGGGCAUGAAGACCAGGUGAAGGUAAUGAGGGACUAACGAGGGAGUGAUCAGAGGCAGGUGAAGGGAGUUGGACUGACGAGAUGGGAAGCAGGAUCUGGAAUGACGUGAUAGUUAGUGAGACAGGAUGAAAACAAGUAAUAUAAAAAGGAAGGUGUGGAGCUAAACUGUACACCAUGUUGAUUUUAGGGGGGAGGAUUGAAUCAAAAAUCCCGUCCCUGGACAUCACCGGUCGAACUCGGAUGGCACCCGGAUACCUCGACUUCGACGUGAAACUAUUUCUGGAAUGUGAACGAGGAAUGUUUGAACGCCACGUUCCCGUGUGCCUCGCCCCUCUGAGGUGACGCCCUAUCUCUUUAACUCACCCACGCAGACAAGUCCCACUGGUAUGUCCUACCAAGUCCUCACAAACCAAGAUACUCCCACUAUUCUUGACCAGUGGCAUAACACACACACACACACACACACACACACACACACACACACACAUAAUACACAAGGUCUCGAGUAUAAAUAGUAAAUCUAGCAUUGGCAUCCGUGGCAUCCCUGGCAUCUGCGAAGCCCUCACCGAAGGUCUAAGGACAUUACCCUGGCUGCCAAAAAUAAAUAUGAGCUGUCUGCACUCCUGAAGCAGUGACACAGCAUUUAUUCCAGGCUGCUUCGUCGAGUCCUCUGACAGUCUGCAGUUUGACUGCCAUUUAAAAAAAAUAUUUUUAAACACAGUAUUCACAAUUGCGCAAUCUGUACCUGGUCAGUGUGACCGAGACAUGUGCGCACACAGACGAUGGAACAUGUGACAUAUGUCAAAUGCUUAGAACUUCUUCUUUUUUUUACAUUCACACUAUCAUUUUUUAAAUUACAUGCACUAGUAGUUAUAAAUCUGCAGAUGAUUAUUAGAGAGAGCGCUCCGGGAGAGUGAAGUAGUUUAAUGUUUAAUGCUCAAACACACUAUAGGACUACAGGAGAUGAAUGUGGAUCACUGUUGAGUUAUUUUGAAGUUGUAUUAGUGAUGUGUACCUAUGUUACGUUGUUUACAUUUUUCUUAUAGCCCAACCACGAUGUCUUUUUUGAAACCUAACUAACUGGUUUUUGCUGCCAAAGGGUUUUUAUUUUAAUUUGCAUCGUUGACCUCGUGUUAACUGGGACCGCGCUGGGCCACGUGUUUUGUUUUGAUCAUAUUAUUUUAUUUAUUUGUAUGACAUAAAGACUUUCCUUUACCAUAUGAAUGGAUGUUAUAUAUUCAUAUUCAAAAUAAUGCUUUUCUUUGGGUAUAUUUAUAUUAAGCUGAUGAGGAUCAGCUGGUAUAAGAGGAAGGGGGCGGGACCGAGUCUCCGGUUUUAUUUCUUUAUCUAGAACGGGACAUCGGCACAGUGUUUGACCUCUCGUUAGAACUCAAGUUAGACUUAUGAUUUUGUUAACUUUGAUAAAAAAGAAAAUAAAUCGCAAAACAGCUAAAAGAGAGCGAACGUUAGACUCACAGACACCAGGUGACCAGAAACAGAUGCAGAAUAAAUGCUAAUGUUACUUUGUGUCUGCCAGAUGUGUAAUUAUGCUAACAAGUUUGUUAUAUAUGAUAUAAUGCUAUAUACAUGUUGUGUUUACAGCUUUGUUGCACACCCACCAUGUGCACACGUUUAAUAUAAUUGUACCUAUACAAUACUGUAAUAAUGUAAUAACCUGCCAGUGUUAUUCGAGUGGCGUAGGACUCCUUGUCUUGUGAUCAUCUUUAAAUGUAAUCCUCAAACAAUGUUCAGUGUAUUCUGCUUGUGUCCAGUAAAUUCACAUUUUAUUUCA